CUAAUAAUGACAUUCCACAGUAAGCCCUUAGCAAGGUAUGAGCGAGGACUUAUCAUCUACAGCCGUGGGGAGUAUUGCGAGUAUGCCAUGUGUUCGAGUCUUUUGGGGGGGGAUCUCGUGAUGUGGCAGGCAUGGCACUAGUGUCGAGUCAACCUCUUACUUUAUGUGCAAGCUGCAAGGAUCCUAUUUCUGCUCAGUGAUCAUUUAUACCGUCAACCAAAAAUCACCGGUGAUCGCACGGGAUAAAGAAGCAGAUGGCGUUCUUCACUGUCGAUCUCUUUUGCCGUCUGCUUCCUCUUUGUGCCGCCUGUCUUUACUCUUGUAUUCUAGUGUCCUCGUGGUAUCCGUCACCAAUAUUAUUUGGUACAAGUCACUCUGGAGACUCUUCAAAGAUUCAUUUUCUCCAUCUUCUCUGCUCGCACAUUUAUAUCAUCCUGCAUGUUACAGCCUCUAGGAAUACCGAUAUCUGCAACAUGGAGAUCCUGUC